AUGGUAUCAAUUUCAUCCAUCAUGCUUCAUAUAGUCGUAUUGGUCGUGCGACUCUUAUGUAAAUCGAAUACCUCUUUUGUGGUCGUAGCUCGGGAUUUUGGCUUAAUAACAAUUUCAAACUUAGUCAACAAAAUACUCUGCAUUUUAAUUUUGCAAAUCCAUGCGAAUUGUGUCUUUGCAGUGUUGGUUAUCGUUUGCAUCAUCAGUGAAUUCAGCGAUUCGGUCUCUGCUGUGCAGCUUGGUGAUCCCAAUGCGGUGAUCACUCUGUACAAUGUGGCGCCAGCCGACGAUUUGGGUAUCUACAGAUAUGCCUACACAACGAGCAAUGGCAUUGCCGUGCAGGCAGCCGGGAGCGCAUUGGAGGCGAUAGGCAUCUUUAGCUACACAUCACCCGAGGGCAUACCAAUCGAAGUGCGUUACAUAGCUGAUGAAUUGGGAUUCCAUGCUGUGGGACGUCAUUUGCCCAGACCACCGCCAAUACCCGAUUAUAUUCUACGCUCGUUAGAGUACAUUCGUACACACCCGAAUGAAGAGGAUCGUGGUCGUUUUAGGGUUUAUAAAUAAGCUGAGAUUAUACAUAUAUACAUAUUUAUAAUUAUUUUCUUAUAAAUCCUGGAAUUCUUUUUCACAGAUAAACUAUUUAAUUAUUAAAAACCCAAAAUGCCAUUGUCCGCUGCACUCAUGGAUGGCAGUUGCGAUAGCCAAUGGGUAAUGAAGUAUUCGUUGGCAUAAAAAAUCAUAGCAAUUUUUAUUUUUAGCACAAUUUAUUUAGAUUUUAGUUAUCAUAAGUCCUCUCGAAGUUCUAUUGUACAUA